AUGGCCGCAGGGCUUUCUUGGCGGACGAAGAUGCUCUCGCCAUGGUGGCGGCCUGCUUCGAACUCACUAGAACACGGCGGCACGUCCGUUCCGGUCGCACCGUCACGCCACCCGACAUUCAUGCCCAUGUACGAUGGAUCCACCCUAUCCUCCUUCACCAAACUCUCUCUUCCGGAUGUGGACCGGCACUACGGGAUUGCGCUGCUCAUUGCGAAGAUGAUCGGUACUCGGUGGAUCGUCAUGCGCAUGGUCUCGCGCACUUUCGUCGUCCAGGCGCGAUCGGACUUCAGACAAGUGCCCUCCUUCGUCUUUACUCCCGUUACCCUCGACUCGUCAGCAAGCCUCGCAACCCCAUCGCCUCUCCAGCAUCGUCCCCGUUUCGCCAGGGCCACUCCUCCCAAUGUUCAAUGGCGCCUGCAUGGCCCUACAGAACGUACGAACGCUCUUGGAGUGGAUGGAUGUAACCAACGCCUCUCCGUCCCCCCUCCGCUCGAUCUGGACCCACCCCAGGGCGAUGUUCGCGCUCUGGACGACGAACACCUGAAGGACGCAGUCAGCGAUGACAACGACGGGCAGCUCUCAGAGCCGCACAACCAGCCUGAUUCGCAACGGAGCGAAAACUCGAAUUGUGUAUCCAUCAUCGACGUCAUCAUGUUUCAACCUUCGACGCCGGCGGGUAGUCCAGUGCAGCCGCGUGCCACUUACGAUUCGACUGCAGCAACGGUACCACCCAUAAGCUCACUCCCCCUACCGGAUCCUUUGACACCUGCUCUCGCUCUGAUGACAUUCCCGGAGGAGCCUGCGGCCCUCCGUCCUGACAUCGACUAUCGGUCUCUUUGCGAUCCGUUCAACCUCAACCGGGAGAGGAGAAACGAUGUCGUCUUCCACGAUCGGGACUCAUAUACCAUCCUCGGUACGCUGGGCUCGGGCGCGUUCGGACGUGUAUUCGCAGCGUGCAAGAAUCUGAACCAGGUCGUCGCGGUGAAGGCCACGCACAAGUGGAAGCACUAUCGAAGGAGCCGAGGCUUCCGAGCGUCGUUGCUCAGAGAACGCGAUUUCAUGAUGCUCGCGGCGAUACACGACAUCGCGUUCUGGACACAACUUCAAGCGUCGUGGGAAGACGAUCACAACGUUUACUUCGUCAUGGAUCUGUGUCUCGGGAACCUCGCUCAACGCCUGCGCGAAUGUGACAGGAGACCUAUCGAUGCCAAGCGCAUGUGCGCGGAGAUGGUGCUCGCAGUGAGCUAUCUCGAGACCCUCCAAAUCAUCCACGGCGACAUCAAACCGGAGAACUUCCUCAUCACCUCUGACAACGAUCACCUCGUUCUGGCGGACUUCGGUGUCUCGAACCGUCUGCUCGACCCACAGAUGUCGUUCGACGACUUUCAUCUCGACCGGACAGGGACGGCAGAGUUCAUGUCCCGAGAAACGCUCUGCCAGGAAGAGACGUACCAUAAAUCGGACAUCUUCUCGCUCGGUCUCGUCUUCUUUCAGGUCUUCCUGCGUUCCUGCAUACCCGUGCUCGAUUUCGAUCGACAGGGGCCGCCUUUGCCAGACUGGCUGGGAACCCCCGAAGACUGGUUCAAUCUAGAUCUGAUCGAAUGGCAGAUAAGGCUCCGGUCGGUGCAGUCGGUGAUCAACUUCGACGUCGUGCGCGAAGAGGACUUGCCGCGAACGAGUGCCGAAUGGAAGCUGUGCGCGAAGAUGACUCACGGGAACCGCGCUCUGCGGCCCAGCGCGAGCGAGCUGAGAAGGGACGAGUACUUCGGAGAGGCCUUCAUGCUCGAGGUCUACAACGAUGCGCGCGUCGCGCAGUACCAAGCCAGGAACGGGAACCCUGGAGCUAGCCGCGCCGCCGCCACGUCCCUCGAACGCAUGAAGAGCGGCCCGGACGACCGCGACCUCGGGUUCAGCAAGUGGCACCGCGGCGACGGCUCGUACUACGACGCGCACGCGGAGUUCGUGUGCGUGUACGAGAACGCGGAGCGCCGCGUCUGGCUCCGCGCGGACGCCCGUGCGCGGCAGAGCAUGCACGUCGAGCGGAGCAUGGGCCCCACGGAAGAGAUGCACUUCGUCGCGCCGCCGCCGCUGAUGUACCCGCCGUCGCCGCUGACGUCGCGCGACGAGCUGGAGGCGGCGCUGCAGAGCGUCCUGUCUACGGAACCGGACGGGGUGACGGAUGUGGAGUACCCUGGGUCCGACGGCGACAGCGACCGCGCGCAGCUCUCCGACGACGGCUCUUUCUACGAAGACGAGUCGGUGUCGUCGACGCCUAGCUGUGACAGAGUACCAGUCCAUGUAUUGGAGUGGACGCCGCCUCCAAGUCCGCUUCGGCUUCCUCCGGUCACGGCCGGCCAGAGGGUCAACAGUGAGGGGCGGUUGGAGCCUGAGGUUGCUCCCACCCGGUACUCCGGCGCUAACGAAGACGAUGGCACUCCUAGCCACAUGUUCGACUUCGAACAUCACUGA